AUAGCAAUCCUGAGCUCUGCGUGUGUCGUUGUGCACAAAGGCUGCAGUGCACUCGCACCGUCACCGCCCGCUAGCUGGACACAGCUCAUUCAAUGUAUAACAUGUAUUAUAGGCACUUUCUAGACCAAGCAAGCACUUAGAAUGACUUUGAUACGUAGAAUUGACGCGGGCGCUUGGCCCCCGCAGAACGAGGGCUUUGUGUUUCGGGACUGGAUAAAAGGCAGGCACGCUGGCCAAACACUCAUUGAGUUUUACACAAGCGUUCAUCCUGCAUCUGCCAAUCUAUCCCAGUGGGAGGUCCGCAUCCGCAACGGACAGGUUGCUGUGAAUGAUGUGGAGGCAGUGGAGCCCACACGAGUCCUCAGGGUUGGGGAUGUUGUUUCGUACCGGAGGCUGCCAUGGGUGGAGCCCCCGUCGCCUUGCCAUGUCGAUGUGGUGUACGAGGAUGCAGACAUGGUUGCGCUGUCCAAGCCCUCGGGGCUGCAGGUGCUGCCAGCUGCCAUGUUCCACCAGCGCACAGUUCUCAGCCUCCUGAGGCGAGUCUACGGCGGCGGUGACAGCGGCGCUGGCGGCGGCGGCAGCGGAGAGGCCGCUCGGGCGGGACCGGGCGCAGCGGCAGGAGCGGAGGCGGGCGCAGAUGUUGGUCGUGGAGCUGUUGUCGCGGGAGGGCCUGCAGGAGUGGCAGGAGACGCGGCAUGCGCAUGCUCUUGCAGCUCAGAAGCAAAGGCGCAAGGCGGGGGAGCGCAGCAGGCGAAGAAGGAGCGGCAAGCACGGCAGCAGCGGCAGCGGCAGUAUCUGGAUGUACCGGCGCCGGUGCACAGGCUGGGACGCGGCACCUCAGGCCUGCUUCUGUGCGCACGCACCACGGCGGCGCGGCGGCGGCUCACGGAACUCAUGAUCAGCAAGACCGCGGCGGCGGCCGCGGCGGCGGCGGGCACAUUACUCGCGUCCAACUCGGCGUCGAGAAGCCCAACUACUUUACCAGAAGCCACGUCAUUAGCUUCGGACUCAGAUCGAGAGGCCGGCAACACCGCAGCGGCUGAUGCCAGCGGCGCCGCCGCCCUGGCUGCACUAAUUAGCUCCGCGCCAGCCAGCGGCAGUGGCUGCCAGCUGCCGCUGCGGAAGUUCUACCGGGCGCUCGUGCAGGGGCGCGUGAAGGCCGACCAGGGUCGAGUGGAUGUGCCCAUCGGCCCCAUUCCACACCCGGGAGUGGACAGGGGGCUGUUCGCUGCCACGCCCGACGGCAAGCCCGCCGCCAGCGUGUGGCGGGUGCUGGAGCGCCGGCCGGGGCCGGGACAGGGGCCGCCGCCAGGGGCUGGCGCGGCCGCAGCCGCAGACGCAGGCGCAGCCACCACUCAGGGAGCGGAAGCGCUGGCGGCACAAGGCCCUGUAGUGGGGGCGGCUACUGCGGGGCAGGCGGCCCCGGCUGUGUCGGCGGAGGCAGGGUGUAUGGAGGCCGAGUGCACGUUAAUGGAGGUUGAGAUCCUGACGGGGCGGCCGCACCAGAUCCGGAUCCAUAUGGCCGCCAUGGGCCACCCGCUGGUGGGCGACCCGCUGUACGGCGCGGGCGGCCGGCCCAAGGUUGGGAUGGACGCUGCGGCCGCUCUCGCGGAUGAGGAGGGUGGCGACGGCGGCAGCGCGGAUCCGGGAGAGGGUGGCUACGGGAGGCCAGGCGACUGCGGCUACUACCUGCAUUCGCUGGAGUUGCAUCUGCCGCAUCCCAUCACUGGCCAACCGCUGAGGCUGCGCGCCCCGCCGCCACCCCUGCUCAUGACGACGCUGGAGCGACAGGAGAUAUUGGCAGUGGAGGGAUUGGAGUCAAGAGGGAGAGAGGACGGGAGGGGGCCAUAAGAACUAAGAACGGACAGGAGGCGGAAUUAGGGUAUGACUCCUGCGUAACUGUCAGAGCAGCGAUGCGUUGGGGCCACAGUGAAAGAUUGACGCGUGGAGGUUCGUGAUGGACAGGCAAUGAGCAAGAUUCCAGGCUGCACAGUGGUGAACUGGUGAUACGGUCGCGGGGUUAGGUGGAGUUUGGCAGGCUCAUGCGGUUGGGAUGCGCAAGGGGACUUGACGCAGUCAGUCAGCAGGAGAGACGGAGGGUGGAGAGUUGUAGGUAGAUAUUGCAGGGAGCACGGGUUGGUGCCACGGGGCCCCGGUAUAGUUAUGCCGCGCCCCGUUUUAGACGCGGGAUGGAAACAUGGUACUUGAUGAGUACCA